AUGAAAGAGAUAGUAAUAAUAUAUUACAAAGAAUGCAUCAGAAAGUUACAACAGCAUUUUAAGUAUAAAAAUAUGAAUAAGGACUUAAGAGUAGAAAUAUACGUGCUUAUAAUAGUAUUUUUCAUUUUGGACAGCAUUCAUUAUAGUAUGCAGAGGAAGAAUAUACAGGAUUGCAUUAUAUUGAAGGCAUUAUCACUUGAAGGAAACUGA